AGAAAAUUUGUGGAAAAUGGACAGAAUUACAGACCGCAUCUACCUCGGAGACAUCAAUGGAUGCUCUAAUCUUCAUUUGUUAAGGAAGAACAAGAUCACUCAUAUAUUGACUAUGGCAGCAGGGAUUAGACCUUUGUAUAGGAAGGAGUUUAAGUACAAAGUUGUUAACAUCAUGGACCUUCCUACGCAGAAUAUUCUGGCACAUUUCGAUAAAGCUAUCGAGUUUAUUAACAAAGCAGUGGCUAGUGGGGGUAGAGUCCUGGUUCACUGCUUCGCAGGAGUCUCAAGAAGUGCUUCAACAGUUAUAGCAUACUUUAUGGUAACUCGGAGAAUGAGCUUUCAAGACGCUUUUAGCUAUGUUCAAGCAAAAAGACCAAUAAUUUUUCCUAAUUUUGGAUUUCAGCGACAACUCAAAGAGUAUGAAAAAGUUAUUCAGAAGAGAUAUCCCUCCAAACAAUUAGCAUCAAUUGAUCAAAAGAGCAAAGUUAGCAAAUUGGAAGUGAAAUUUGCUGGCACGUCUACAAAAAGCCCUGCUAUCAAAAAGAAUAAAUUUGCGAUGCUAGAUACUAGCAAAGCUAUCAAACCAUCACAAGACGUAGUUGCACAUCAAUUGAAGCCAAAACAGUUUCAUUAUCCUUCGGAGGUUGGUAAAAAUUCUUCAAGAGUCAAGAUCAGAGCUGCGAAGUCAUCUUACGGCCAUAGUAGGGAGAAGAAUAGGGGCUCUUCUUACUCAAUUGCUAACAUUAAAUCAUUUGAGAAUUCCAAGACUCACAAGCCUAGGAGUAAAUUCCUGUCAAGCUUUCAUGAGAAAGCGAGCUAUCAAAAGUUGGAAGCUAAAAGGUCGAGUACUAAACCAAAAGCAGGAAUCCAAAAAUUAGUUGAAGACGAGUUAAAUAGAAGGGAAGAAAGCAAACAUGUCGUGUUGGAGAAGGCUAAGCAUACUAGCAAGGGCUGUUUUGGUAGGAAGCGUAGUCAACAAAAACAGAGACAGACUAAAGAGAGUGAGAUCAACAUGGUCAGAGGGAAUAAGAUCUUAAAAACAUAUUAUGACUCAAAUAAAAGAAAACAAAAGGAGUUUAAUAUUAAAACAAAGAAGUCUGCUAAAGAACUUCAGAAAGCUGUAUCUACAAAGCCACCUCAAAAGACAAGGUUGCUUACCUAUAACUGUCAGUUUUGUGGGCAGAAUUUGUUUGAUUCUCGGGAUAUCCAGCCCCAUGAGAGCUACUCCAAGACAUACACACAAAAUUUCUGGCCAUCACAAAAUAAAGUAGCAUCCAAAAUAAAAUUUCAAAAGAUGCCUCGCUGUAACAUGUUGUUCAUAGCUCAGAAGGACUGGAUUACAGAAUAUGAUGGGAACACAGGAAGGAUCCUUUGCCCACGGAAAAGCUGCUCAGUGAAACUGGGCAGCUACUCCUGGGCAGGACUCAAGUGAUACUGUGGGGUCUACAAAUCACCUGCGUUCCAGAUCGACAUGAAGGCUAUCACGGAGGUAGAACAGUCAUUUGUUUAAUUCUUAGUCCCAACAGUCCAACUAGGAGGAG